AUGCUGCUGAUGCCAACACCAAGGGAUACAGAGCAUUUCCUCCUUGGAACCUCUCCACUAGGAGCAAGGGUAAUACCUCGUGUCGGAAUGCCAAAAUUACGUAAGAGAAGGAGGAUAGAAGAUGCAGAGUCCGCCACACCGCUGGCUAUUGGAUACUGGGGUAAACCACCAACGCUAGAGGGCGCCAAGUUCGAUUUUCUUUGCAUCCAUGCAACUCUACGAUCACUCAAACCAGAUGGUCCAACAUUCAAAGAGGUUUUCAUGGUCGAUUCUGGGAGUGACGUAGUGACGGCGCGUCAAGAGAUUUUAAACCGGUUAGAUCUGGAACUAAUCGGUACAAUCCAGAGCAGAGGAGUUCAUACCACCGUCGAGAAGCAACUCUACAAAGCAAUGCUAGUCAUAGGCAAUCAUGAGGUUGAAAUUGAGAUCAUGGCUGAGCCAUACGAGUCCAUUGGAAACCGUGUCAUGAGGCACUUUCGUCACGUGAUAGACAGCACGGUACACUAUUGGCUGCCUGAAAGCCGAGUAGAACCUUCCGAAGGCAUGACGGCAAGCAGCCGAAGCGACCCGAAUACCAGCGGCGAGUCGGGCGAGACUUCGGGUACGCCCGAAUCGGACGAGGAAAAAGCCGAAGAAGAAGAGGAAGAGGAUGAGAAUGACGAGGAGGAUGAAGAGGAGAAUGAUGGCGGAGCUUCUGGUGAUGUGGUAGAUGAAGGGGAUGAGGAGGAGGAAGAGGAAGAAGGCGGGGUGGAAAACGGCGCUGAAGAGGCUGUUGGUAAUCAGGGAGACCCGUAAGGGGUCAUCAAAAGACCAAACUACUGACGGGUAACGAGUUGGAGAAGUCAUGUAGUCAAGAUAAAGGGUGCCAAAACCCGUUCAGUUCAUAGAAAUUCACUUCAUAUUCAUGAACUGAAGAAGGACAGGGGUUAGAUAUUUACUCUAUCAACUAAUGGAUGAUUACUCUCUCGUGUGAUUAUGAGUACAAUCCUGAAAGUAAGGGUCAUGAACGUGGGUUUAUUUAAUAUUGUCUCAUCAAACAAACUUAGGCUAGAUAAUUUGUGUUGAUUUUCAUUUGAGGAACGCCGAUAAUGAAGACACGAUUAGGGUGGUCCCGUUGGUAACGCAUUAGUAUUUCCGUGGAUUGUUGACAUUAAGAAUGCACCAAAGGCACUAGGUAGCCAAUUAUGAUUUUUGAGUGAGAUCUAAAGUUGUUUAUGAAAAACAAUUGAACCAAAAAGGGUAUAAUUUCGAUGGGGAAUUGUAGAUGUAUGAGAAUGAUCAGAAAUGAUAUGAACUGAACGAAUCGGACCAAUCUUAAUAUUCAGAAGAAGAAUUGUACCAGAUUGAAAAGUUAUCAAAUUUUAAAUCUUGAGGAGAUAAUGUUCUCGCACUCAAGAAAUUUGAUUAGUUAUAGUCCUUUGAUCAGUCUAUCUAUUUUGGCGAUUGAAUCAGUUUUGAACCUAAAAAUAUAGUUGACGAUAAUGCUAAAUCAUCUUGCCAAAAUGCAAAUGAAAUAUGCCGACAUUUCUUUCUACUACCCCUCCCUGUACAAAAAAAGGAUGUGACUAAAAUUGUACGAUUACGUAAAAUCAAUCCUGAAGAGCAUAACAUCGUGGCUCUAGAUUUGAUUCCUAUUCUUAAUGAUGCACCAAAUCGAAUAUUCGUGUAGAGAAGUGGGUGCGCACCUUCUGUAAACGAAUAUUUCAAUUUGGCUGGGCAAUUAAUUGAAAAUGAUGCUUGAAGCUACAAGUCGAGGAAAUGGUGAGAAAUUAUGCGUUCAACCUUCUGCAGUUCAAGUUUCGACCCAGGUCCAGAGAGUGAGAACGAGUGAUUUUUCAUAAAACAUUUCAAUCUGAAAUAUGGCGUCAACGUUAAUAACAUUCCCAUUUUAUUGUCGAAGAUGAUCAAUGCAUUCGCGUUAAUACGAUGAGACGUAUUUCAAUCUUCAUUUAAAAUUCAUAUUGAUUUCAAACUUAUAGAUCACCCAGAUAGGCCCUAAUUUUUUAACGUAUUUAUUAUCAAUCGGUUGUCAGUGUCUCCAAUAAUGAUCGAAAGGAUGAGGUACUGACUUUGGAAAAUAUGUAUAAUAAUUCGGAUAAAUCCAUUUGAAUCCAUCAAACACUAUACUAUCCGUACUCUGAUUCUGUUUCUGUUUUCUCACUCAAUCCGGGUUUUAGUUUUAGCAUGUUUAGAUGGAUUCAUGUCUAAAAAACAGAAGAUUAAAAAGUACUUCGAAUAUGAAUAUAAAAAAACACUGAACUUUGUAAGUAGAUUAUGUUGCAUUAUCCAUGUUAGACGUCACAUGAAAAAACGAAUCCAUAUUCCAGAUAUCACCCGCCAAACUUGGAUCUCCGAAAUUCUGACGUCGCAGUCUCAAAACAAAAACGAAACUCGUAUUGAUAUGGCAAGAUACAAAGAAGUCUUCUAGCGCACUGUAUUCGACUUUCUGAAAGUAAUAUGGUAUAACAGGUACAAUAAAUAUGAUGCUGUAUAUUGUAUACAUGGUCAGUAUUGCAGGCCGGUUCAGCUGUAGGUUUUUUUUUUGUCUCUAUAUUGGUGUAUGAAACGUCAGUCAAAGUGGUGAAAAUAUAUUUAUUUCCUUUAUUUCUCUCAUUGUUUUUCAUAUUCAUAUCGGUGUUUGAAAGUAUGCUAGGGUUCUAAUCUCUGCACCGUUUGAGAAUAAAUAGCAUUUCAAAAAUGCGUUGAAUGAUAUCAAAAUGCACGUGAUUAGUGUUGUCAUGAAUAAGCCGGGAGCGGUAUUCUUCAAAAUGAUUUUGUUUUUAUUUUUACCAGGUGUUCGGCUGGAUUGUUUGGGCUUUAAUUUGUGAGGAAAUUGAGCAGAUUGAAAAUACUCCAAUACCUUGUCUUCUACUAUCAAAUGUGAAUCGUCAUAGAUAUAUCUUUUGAUCAUCACACCAAUCAUCAUUAUGAUCGUUUCAAAGUUGAAAAUGAGAAAUGUGUGUCAGAUGUUUACCGAGUUUCGUGCAGUCUCGUCACAUCUAUAUAUUAUAAUUAUAUGAUGUCAACAUAGGUACUGUAGUUGCUAUCAACUUGCAAUGUUUAGUUUCAUCUUUACGGAUUAAAAUUCCGUAUAGAAUAUAUUGGCCUAAACUACCUUACAUCCAAAGAAAGUAUCGCCGAGUCGUUUUGCACAGAGCCUUAAUUUUUAAAAAUUGUCUAUAGUAAGGUAUAAACCUUUGUUUGAAUAUACUUUCUCAUCUCAGUAAUUUGUGUCGGAAUGAUGGCGUCAAAAAUUUGGUUAGAAAUUUUAUACGAGCAUAGUCUUUGGGCAGUGUUAUGGUCUGCGUAGUAUCUCCUCCCUUCUACCUUUUCUUUUCGUUUUCUUCUUCUCCAAUUUCUUAUUUUGCCCAUUUUUCUUCUUCCUCCU